GGAGGCUGCACAAGCGGAACUGGGAUGUCACCAACAUUUUCCAACAGUAGAGGGCAGUAAGGAGCGAUGUCUGUUUUUAAAUCUGCCUAAAACACACGAAGAAGAGUGUGAACCUCGCCAUGGCGGAAACAGAGCAGCAGUCAGGAUCCACUCCUGAGGAUGAAGCACCUGAAGGUAGAGUCAGCAACACCUUCAUGGUACCCAAGAAAGAAAUCAGCAUGGUUCCUGACAUGGGCAAGUGGAAGCGAUCUCAAGCAUAUGCUGAUUACAUGGGCUUUGUUCUGACACUGAAUGAAGGUGUGAAGGGAAAGAAGCUCACGUGUGAAUAUAAAGUGUCAGAGACAGUGGAGAAGGUACUAGAGCUUCUGGGAACUCUAGACCAAUGGAUAAAUGAGACGCCCCCUGUUGACCAGCCUUCACGUUUUGGUAAUAAGGCCUACAGAACAUGGUACAGCAAAUUAGAUCAGGAAGCAGAGGCCUUGGUGUCAGCAGUGCUCCCUGCUGACAAAUAUGCUGCAGCUCCAGAGAUAGCUGUCUAUCUAAAAGAGUCUGUGGGGAAUGCCACUAGGAUAGACUAUGGAACAGGUCAUGAAGCUGCUUUUGCUGCGUUCCUCUGCUGCCUCUGUAAGGUCGGUGCUCUCAGGGUGGACGAUCAGCUGGCUAUCGUUUUUAAGAUUUUUAACAGGUAUUUGUCAGUGAUGCGGAAACUGCAGAGGACCUACAGAAUGGAGCCAGCUGGAAGCCAAGGUGUAUGGGGACUGGAUGACUUCCAGUUUCUACCCUUCAUCUGGGGAAGCUCCCAGUUUAUAGAUCAUCCAACACUGGAGCCUCGGCACUUUAUUGAUGAGAGGGUGGUGAACGAGCAUCAUCUAGACUACAUGUUCCUGGACUGUAUCAAGUUCAUCAAUGAGAUGAAGACAGGCCCAUUUGCUGAACACUCCAACCAGCUGUGGAACAUCAGUGCUGUUCCUUCCUGGUCCAAAGUCAACCAGGGCCUCAUCAGGAUGUACAAGGCAGAGUGUUUGGAGAAGUUCCCUGUGAUCCAGCACUUCAAAUUCGGCAGCCUGCUGUCCAUCCAGCCAACGAAGCAUUGAUGCUCAUGCUGUGCACACAACGGAAAGACCAAAAUUUCAACAGUUUCCCCAUCCUCUGGCAUCCUCUUGAGCAAAUGCACCGGUAGCAAAAAUCCACCCUACAUUCCCACAUGUUUACACGCAUGUGGGAAUGAAGGCGUAUAGGCCAUCCGUAACUUGAAUGCAGCGCAUGUUGGGAUGACCUUUGUGAUUUUGGAGCAUCUAUAUUUUUGUCAUGGUAUUUAUAUAAUGGAUAGUUUGAAUUGGCUCCUUUUGAGGGUUGAAUUUUUUUUAGCAGUGUGCUCAUUAAAGUUUCAUACUUGAAUUUACCUCAGAGUUUGGAUCCUCGUGAGCAGGAGCUUCAUUCAAAGAGUCAAUUUAAGGACGUUUCUUGGUUUUGCUAAAUGUUUAAAUUUUGUUGCACUUGUUCCAAUAUUUGAGUUGCCCACUUCAGCCCAAAAUGUAAGUCACAUUAACAAGUUGAUAAGAAAUGGCUGUCAGGGUAGAUUUUUCUUUUUCCUAAGCAAAAUUAUUUUUAUGUCUUGUUCAGAUGGGAUUUGAUCUGAAAAGCUUCCAGAAUAGCUCAUCCAAAAUGGACUGUACAGACUUUUCACGAUUUCAUGAAAAGUCAGUUUAGAUACGAAUCUCUGCAUGAAUCUAGUGUUAUUUUUCCCUCAAAGUCUAUCCCUUAGCAGUUCUUCUCAAAAGCCCCCCAGUCUUAAGUUAAGUUAUUUUAAUUUGUGUCAGUUAAACAUUGCAGAUUGAUAAAUUGAACCUGAAUUAAUUCUUGUGGUUGUGCUGUGUAGCUUUUUCCUCAAAAUCCUCAGUGGACUCAGAUUUUAUUUUAUUCCAGAUUAAAUUAGUCAAUUCUGCAUCUUUCAGUUGGCACAUUUUGAAGAUCUUGGCAUGGGCUAUUUUUGUGUUAUAUACAUGACUGCCAUUUUACAUGAUAAACAUCGACUGGAAGCUGUGUUGUGGAUUGAAGGUCAUAAAGAGGAGGGGAAUCUGACAAAAUGAUGUCAUUUCACUGCUACUGGUUGAAAAGUGGGAAGGAUACUGGGCCAUGUUUCAGACAAAACAACAUAUUUGUUAACAUUGGCUAACAGCAUUGAACCACUUCCUAGCCUACAUCAUUGUAAAUUAUGUUGUUAAGUAUAUUGUGAAUUGAAUUAUGGCCUUAUUUCCCUCCAGAUUUUCACUCCAUUGUCUGCUCUGUUGCUGAUGAAUCAGGAAGCAGUGAAAUGAGAAAACUUAAAUCUGGGGGGACACUAGGCCACAUUUCAACAUAGAACAACAUAUCUGAUAACCUCUUAGCUGCAGUUAGACAACAGCUAAAGUUAGCAUUCAGCCAUUUCCUAGCUUACUGUACCAUUAGAUACAUGUUACACAAUAUGAUAGGAAAAGUAUAAAUUCAUUAUGAAAUAUGAAUGCACAUCUUAGACACAUUAAAUAAAGCCUGAAAGUAAAUCACAGUGUAUGUAAUAAAAUCAUGAUGUUAGCUAGGAGGUGGUUGAGGGCUGAUGUCAGUGAACGGGUUUCCAAACAUAUUGCUUGACCUUGAAUACUGUAUGGCCCGAUAUACUUUCGGAGCCAUUGUCUUUUCAGUCGCUGAUCAGUUGGGAAGCAGUGAAAUGAUAAUGAUUUGUCAGGUUCUUGAUCAUUUUCAACUUUAAACCUGGAACACAGCAGUAUGACAUUUGAGCUCCCAGCCUGAUAGGAUAACAGAAGAAAAUGGCUGCCAUGUGAAUACUGUCUACGGUUCAAACUGUUUAUCACUUUGGCCUCCACCAGUCAUUGUGUAAUAAGAUAGCAUUGGUCUCUGCUAAUUUGAAAGAUAUGUCAGUGGUCUGCAGAUAGUGGCUUUAAGUUUUCCUCUUAUUUUUAGAUCAACAAAAAGGUUUUUGUUUGAAUUCUUUAAAACAGACACAGCUGUUUGCAGGGACAUUUUCAUCCUCACUCUGAAUCUUUGUUUCCUGCUAGCUUUGUUUUUACUAAGGUUCCAAAUGAUUUAGCAAACUAUGAGCUAAACAAACUUGAAGUAAAUUGCUUGUUUGAACUACUUCAUAACUAGCCACAAAGAGUGCCCCAAACAUUGCUGUAAGAGGCUGCCUGAUCCACUCCAUGUGUGGCCAAGUUUCAUUCACAAAAAUGUUACCAAACAAUAAAAAUAAGUCUGUAAAAACUGUG